GCCCACGCGCAUGCGGAAAGCCUGGCUCUCUGGGGAGAGGCGCUGACGCCUGUUGUUGGGGACGCCUUCCUCAUCGGGGGAAGGGCAACUUCAAUGCGGCUGAAUCAGAACACUGUGCUGCUGGGCAAGAAGGUGGUCCUGGUACCCUACACCUCCAAGCAUGUGCCUCGGUACCACGAGUGGAUGAAGUCAGAGGAACUGCGGCACCUGACAGCCUCAGAGCCGCUGACCCUAGAGCAGGAGUACGCGAUGCAGUGCAGCUGGCGUGAAGACGAAGACAAGUGCACCUUCAUUGUGCUGGAUGCAGCAAAGUGGCAGGCCCAGCCUCGCCCCCCUGAAGAAAGUUGCAUGGUGGGAGAUGUGAACCUCUUCCUCACAGAUCUAGAAGACCCCACCUUGGGGGAGAUCGAGGUCAUGAUUGCAGAGCCCAGCUGCAGAGGCCAGGGCCUUGGCACCGAGGCGUCUCUCCUGAUGAUGUCUUAUGGAGUAACCAAGCUAGGUCUGACCAAGUUUGAAGCCAAAAUCGGGCAAGAAAACGAGCCUAGCAUCCGUAUGUUCCAGAAACUUCAUUUUAAGCAGGUGGCUGUGAGCAACGUCUUCCAGGAGGUGACACUCAGACUGGCAGUGAGUGAGGCCGAGCGGCAGUGGCUUUUGGAGCAGACCAGCCACAUGGAGGAGAAGCCCUAAGUUGGGUUGGCAGAGCCUGUGACAGCCACCCUGUGUGAGCAGAAUUGGAACACACUCCCGAGGCCAGACAACUGCAUGGGAGAUAAAUGUACAGCGUCCUCAGUCUGCUCCGGGCCCUCCUAAGCAUGCUUUGGCCUCCUCUGGCUGGCAGUGGCUAAGAAGACUCCUUCCUCCUCCCUCCUAUAAGCUGACUCUGGUUGCGCUGAACUGAUGGCUGGAGUCCUUGGAGGCUAGGGUGGAGGUGGGAACUGGAAGCUGGAAAGUCAGCCUUUCCCGGGGGUCCCGGCCGAGUAAAACACUCAUUUAGGCA